GCAUCUCCCGGCGUGCCCUACGGCGGGCGCUGGGCCGGAGCCGGAGCCCGGAGCCCGAGCGGCGCGGCCUGGAAGAGGCCGGAGCCCGGGGGAGGCAGCGGCAGCGGCGGCGGCAGGGAUAGCCCGGGAAGCCCGAGCCCCGCGGCCUGGGCCUGCGCUCGGCGCCAUGAGCGGCGGCGGGCCUUCGGGAGGCGGCCCUGGGGGCUCGGGCCGGGCGCGGACCAGCUCGUUCGCUGAGCCAGGCGGCGGAGGCGGAGGCGGCGGAGGCGGCCCCGGGGGCUCGGCCUCUGGUCCCGGCGGCACUGGCGGCGGAAAGGCGUCGGUCGGGGCUAUGGGUGGGGGCGUGGGGGCCUCGAGUUCCGGGGGUGGCCCCAGCGGCAGCGGCGGAGGAGGCAGCGGCGGCCCCGGCGCAGGCACUAGCUUCCCGCCGCCGGGAGUGAAGCUGGGCCGUGACAGUGGAAAGGUGACUACAGUGGUAGCCACCCUAGGCCAAGGCCCAGAGCGCUCCCAAGAGGUGGCUUACACAGACAUCAAAGUGAUUGGCAAUGGCUCAUUUGGGGUCGUGUACCAGGCACGGCUGGCAGAGACCAGAGAACUGGUGGCCAUCAAGAAGGUUCUCCAGGAUAAGAGGUUCAAGAACCGAGAGCUACAGAUUAUGCGUAAGCUGGACCACUGCAAUAUUGUGAGGCUGAGAUACUUUUUCUACUCCAGUGGGGAGAAGAAAGACGAGCUUUACCUAAAUCUGGUGCUGGAAUAUGUGCCCGAGACAGUAUACCGGGUGGCCCGUCAUUUCACCAAGGCCAAGUUGACCAUACCUAUCAUCUAUGUCAAGGUGUACAUGUACCAGCUCUUCCGGAGCUUGGCCUACAUCCACUCCCAGGGUGUGUGUCACCGUGACAUCAAGCCCCAGAACCUGCUGGUGGACCCUGACACUGCUGUCCUCAAGCUCUGCGAUUUUGGCAGUGCAAAGCAGUUGGUCCGGGGGGAGCCCAACGUCUCCUAUAUCUGUUCUCGCUACUACCGGGCCCCUGAGCUCAUCUUCGGAGCCACUGAUUACACCUCGUCCAUCGAUGUGUGGUCAGCUGGCUGUGUACUGGCUGAGCUCCUCCUCGGCCAGCCCAUCUUCCCAGGGGACAGUGGGGUGGACCAGCUGGUGGAGAUCAUCAAGGUGCUGGGAACACCAACCCGGGAACAAAUCCGAGAGAUGAACCCCAACUACACGGAGUUCAAGUUUCCCCAGAUUAAAGCUCACCCCUGGACAAAGGUGUUCAAAUCUCGAACGCCGCCCGAGGCCAUCGCACUCUGCUCUAGUCUGCUGGAGUAUACACCGUCCUCGAGGCUCUCCCCACUAGAGGCCUGCGCCCACAGCUUCUUUGAUGAACUGCGAUGUCUCGGAACCCAGCUCCCCAACAACCGCCCGCUUCCCCCACUCUUCAAUUUCAGUCCUGGCGAACUCUCCAUCCAACCAUCUCUCAAUGCCAUUCUCAUCCCUCCUCACUUGAGGUCCCCGGCGGGCACUACCACCCUCACCCCGUCCUCACAAGCUUUAACUGAAGCUCAGACUGGCUCAGACUGGCAGUCGCCCGAUGCCGCACCUACCCUCACUAACUCUUCCUGAGGGCCCUACCGACUCCCUUCCACCUCCAUCUGGGAGCCCCAAGUGGGGCUGGGAAGGGGGCCCAUAGCUCAUCAAGCCCCUGCCCUGGCUGGGCCCCUAGACUAGAGAGCAGAGGUAAAUGAGUCCCUGUCCCCACCUCCAGUCCUUCCCUCAGCAGCCUCACCCCUGUGGUGGGCUUUUUAAGAGGAUCUUAACUGGUCGUAGGGAGGGAAAAGAAGGAAGGACGGGGGGGUUGGGGGAUGAGGAUCUCCUACCCCCUUGGCCCCCCUCCCCCCAGGCCUCCACUUCCUGCAACCCCCAUCCCCCCUCUUGUGUCCCUUGUAAAUAGAACCGGCCCAGCCCAUCUCCUCUUCCUUUCUCUGCCCCCUGGGUGUAAAUAGAUUGUUAUAAUUUUUUUCUUAAAGAAAACGUCGAUUGGCACUGUCCAACCUGGCCCCUUCCCCUCCUACAGCUGUAUCUCCCCUCUUGUCCUCUGCCCUCAAGGUCUCCCUCCUUUCCCCACCCUAGAGGGCCGGGGGAAUGGGGAGAGCUCUGACGUCUUAGUUUCCACAGUAAGGUUUGCCUGUGUACAGACCUCCGUUCAAUAAAUUAUUGGCAUGAAAA